CGCCACCAAACUCGUAGUCACUGCAAGCACCCACCAGCUGUUUCUGUGCUUUCUCUGCUCCUGCCCUGCCUGCUGUGCUUCUUCUGACUGCUCCGGCUGGUCAGUGGCGACGGGAGGAAACUAGGGUCUCGAGGGAAUGCUCUGUCGGUGGCGGCUAUGCCGAGGGGCCGAGCCAAGAGACCGAAGAGAGACCUACCCAAGAGGAAGAAUGCACGAGAACUUGCCCGCCAAGAACUACACUCAGCUCUGCGUGAAUCCUGCAGCCGGGGAGAUGUGUCCGCGGCCAAAGCCAUUUUGCGCGACUUGGGCGCUGAAGCACAGAUCAUCAUCAAUUCUGCACCUAAUGGAUCCAACACACUGCUCUUUAAGGCCUGUGAGGAGGGUCAGCGGGAGAUGGUGCGACUACUUCUGGACCACGGGGCAGAUGGCAGGAUCCACCCUGUCACAAAAUACUCGCCACUCUAUAUUGCUUGCUAUUAUGGUCGCAGGGAUAUAGCUGAAAUGCUGCUGAAAAAAUUCCCAGCCUUGGUGAGUGUGUCUACUGUAGAGCGAUGGCUACCACUACAUGCCUGCAUCAUCAAUGGUCAUGCAGCUGUCUUAGAACUGCUACUCAAGUUCCCUUAUCCAGAUGAUUCUCUCCGGAAAUAUUGGGACAAGACAGGGCAGUAUGAGUAUGAUAUGGCUUUUGAUAUGAAUAUGAAGGAUGUAACUGGACAGAGUGCAUUGUACCUGGCAUGUUAUGUUGGGAAUCAAAAGCUGGUUGAUCUUCUCCUCAAGCACAGAGUGCAAGGAAUUAAAGUGAAGACUAAAGAAGAACUAGAGAAGGAAAGACAUCAAAAAGAACAGGACACUAGUAGUAAUGACUCCAAAUCAAGUAGCAGAGAAAACACAAAAACGAGUAUCAAUUCAAAUACAGAUCUAGCAGAGAAGAGUGAUGAGGUGGCCAGCCCAACUAAACACCGUAUUUCUGGGGGCAUUCAAGCCCUGAUGUCAAAGUUGAAUCUUGUUAGAACAGAGAGCAACCAAAAAGAUAACAUGAUUUCACCACUUGACAUCGACAUGUACUGUAAUAGCAAUACAGAGACAGCACUCCAUAUUGCAGUCAAGAAUAAACAUCACAGCAUUGUGUCAAUGUUGUUAGCAGCAGGAGCAAACCCUAACUUGAGGGUCUAUCUUCCUGAUGAUGAGAUGGCCAGACUAGCUGAGGAUGAGUAUAUUUUCACAGGCUCAACUGCACUGGUAGAAGCAUGUCGUAACCGAGAUCUUGGCAUGCUGGACCUGCUACUUAAAAGCCAUGCCAGAGAUGAUGAGUGCAAAGCACUCUUUAUUGCUGCUCAUGCCAAGGAUGAAAUCAUCGUGUCCAAACUCCUGGCACUCAAGGCACAUCCAGAUCCAGAAUUCAAAGUGAAUAAAAGAGCCCUUGAGAUCAAACCGAGCCAACAGUUCAGUUCUCUGGGUGUGGGAAAUGCUGGAGGAGUCUACUCUUCCCUAGCGCCGACCACACCGGUGAUGAUCAACUGGCAUGGACAGCGCUGCCUCUCAUAUCUGAAAGACCAGUGGUUAGUGGAUGCUUCAGUGAACCUCAAUCCUAAGUUGAAACUCAGUCCACGUAAUCAGGUCAUUGCUCUCUAUGCCAUCACACGCUUGGACAUUUCUAAUAAUGCCCUAACUGAACUUCCUGACAUGAUCUUCCAACUUCCUAGUUUGAAGACAUUAAAUGCAGCUCAGAACAAAAUAGAGAAAUUGCCUCCAACCAUUGGACAGUUUAUUGAUGGUACUGUGACUCUGCCAAGAAAAGGAUCAAAAAAAGAACUCUUCAUGGGCCCAGUAUCAGUUUUAGAGGAAGUUCAUCUCCAGGACAACAGACUAGAUUCUCUGCCAGAUGGUAUCUUCACACUUCCUGCCCUCCAGCUUCUUGAUGUGUCAAAUAACAAAUUGUCAUCACUGCCAUACAAGAUAUGGACUGCUCCAAAAUUACGAGAACUCAAUGCUUCACUUAACCUACUUCAUGACCUUCCUACACGGCCGGAUGGACUUGGACAUGAUUCAGGGAUGGGUUCAGAUGCAAUGAGUGAGAUCAGUGAUGAAGACAGCUUAUCAUCAACUAGCGAUCUGCAGCUUAGUCUCUUAGAUGAUUCUACUGAUGAGUCCCCUGCUCGCCGUAAGACCCCAGAUCCAAGAGGAGUGCUGUCUUUAGGGAAGCAUGGAAAUGUCAUCACUUGCUGUCGUCGUCGAGAAUUGAAGCAUCACAGCUUGUGGUCCAAUUCAAUAGAAAUCCAGGAAUCCUUGGUAGGAGUGAGAGAGACUGAAGAAGAGACUUUGUCCAAUUUACAAUCUCUCAACUUAUCCCACAAUGCCUUCACAUCCGUUCCCAGUGGUCUGGCUUGCCUGGCACUCUCCCUUAACCGUCUCAAUUUUAGCUAUAAUAGACUAAAUGAAAUGGGUUCAGCCAGCAACUACCCAGUUGGUUUGAAACAAUUAGAUCUAUCUCACAACCGUAUCCGAGCCUGGCCCACUGUGGCCCGUAGUGAGUCUCUGGAAAGUCUGGAGUCUACUGUAUCAUCUUGCUAUGCACUCGCAGAACUCUCCAAGAGUAGCAGAUUUUCAUGCCAAGUUAGGACUAGUAAAUACCUACCCUUUUCCUUCCUCCCAUAUUACACUUACACAGGUCGCAAGUUUAGUCAGAAUUUGAGUGUGAAUCGUGUACGAGGAGGCACAAAUUCUCCCCUCGGUUCUUCCCCAACACCUGGUCACUGCAUCCAUCGUCGUCAUAUUCGCCUUGAGUCUCUAAGGACUUUAAUCUUGGCGGAUAAUCAACUGACUCGACUGUGCCUCUAUCUAGAUGACAACGAAUUUUCACUAGCAAAUGAAGUUGAUGAAAAUGAAACAAGCACCGUCCGAGCCUCUACCCCUAGGAAGUCCUGGUUAUUAUUCCCAAAUCUCUCGAUGUUGGACGUUAGCAACAAUCUCCUCCGUGAUUUACCUACAACACUUCAUGAGCUUACUAACUUAUCUGUUUUAAAUAUAUCAGGUAAUAGUGACAUUACUGAGCUGCCACCUGAGAUGGGUCUUUUAUCCCGCUUGUGGAAUCUCAACACACGAGGAUGCUCACUGCAAGAGCCUCUGAAGUCCAUGAUUGAGAGUAAGAAGUACAAAACCAUGGAUGUCAUCGGUUAUCUCAAGAGCAUAUUGGAGGAUGCAAGACCAUAUGCAAGAAUGAAAUUGAUGAUUGUUGGAGUUCAAGGCAUUGGAAAGACAUCCCUGUUGGAGCAACUACGGCAGGAAGGGACUGGUUCCUACAGAAAAAAGCCAGUUGAGCACUGGGCAAAAAGAAUGGGAAAUAAAAACAUCAACACACGUACUUCACGGGGCACCAGCAUGUCCACUGUUGGAGUUGACAUUGGAGACUGGAUAUAUGAGAAAAAAGUCAGAGGCCAUAGUAACUAUGGUCCAGUGGUCUUCAGGACAUGGGACUUUGGUGGUCAGAAAGAGUACUAUGCAACACACCAGUAUUUCCUCUCCAAGCGAUCUUUGUAUCUUGUGGUAUGGAAAAUCAGUGAUGGGGAGAGGGGUGUGGCAGAAAUUCUACAGUGGCUUGUCAAUAUUCAGGCCCGAGCUCCCAACUCUCCUGUGUUGAUAGUUGGCACGCACUAUGAUCUCGUUAAAGAAAAAUUUCCGCCAUCCUGGAGUGAGGAUCUGCAGCAGAUGAUCCGUGACAAAUUUAUCAAUGUUAUUGAUGCUGAUAAAUUGGGCUUGCCACGUGUUUUGGACACCAUAGAGGUGAGCUGCAAGACGAGACACAACAUCAAAUUGCUAAGCAACUUGAUAUAUGACACAGUCUUCAGUCUCAAAACUCCUGGGAGCAAAGAACGGUUACUUGAGCAACGCAUUCCGGCCUCUUACCUUGCUCUUGAAGAUGUAGUCAGUGUUCUGGCCUUGGAACGACGGGUUCAAGGCCGGGACCCAGUAUUGCCUGCAGACAAAUAUCAAGCCCUUGUUACUCAGGAGAUGUCCAGUAGAGGUCACCGUCCAUUCAGGGAUGUAGCUGAGCUCAACCAGGGCACAACUUUUCUCCAUGAGAAUGGUGUUAUGCUUCAUUAUGAAGAUGCAACUCUGAAGGACUUGUACUUCCUUGAUCCUCAGUGGCUGUGUGACAUGUUGGCCCAUGUUGUCACUAUAAGAGAAAUCAACCCCUUUGCUCGCAAUGGCAUAAUGAAGCUUGAUGACCUAAAGCAUGUGUUCAAGUCAUCAACAUGCGCUCCAGUGGAUGCCAAAUCAUACAUCGUGAAUUUACUUAACAAAUUUGAGGUGGCUCUCACCUGGGACAACCGAACCUUGCUCAUCCCUUCCCUCCUUCCAUCUGAAGUGCAGCUGCGUGAGGGACUACCAGGGAUGGAUGUUAGGGUAAAGAUUCCAGUACGCUCAAGAGGUUGGUCUGUACGGAGCAAGAAGUUCUCCAGCAAUUCAGGGUCUACUAUUGUUGGCAACUCUGCCUUCUACAUGGCCAAUACUGAGGAGCGUAAACCAAGACCAUUAUCUUCUCAUGGACUUACAAACAAGCUAUGGAGCCCCAAGAAAGAAACUGCUGAACCCAGUAUAACUCCAUCAUCAGAAGCUCCAGCUGUCCAAGUGACCCACCGCUCAGCUCCACAUGCUGCAAUCAGAAGACUUUUACUCAUGUCUUACUUCCCAUCUGGAUUUUGGUCUCGGCUCAUCACCAGGAUACUAGCGGAUGAUGCUGUUGUUGAUAUAAUUAGGAGUUACUUUGUCAUGCCAAGAGAGGUUUUAAAUGACCGUGGGUUGUCAUCAGUCCUGGGUGGCCAGGCAGAGUGGGUGUGCUGGCAGACUGGCAUGGAACUUCAUUAUGCCCAUACCACGCUCUUUCGCAUGCGAGAAGUACUGCCCAUACACUGUCAUGGUCCAUCUCCAGCUUCUUAUGGACCUCAUACCCCAACUCACGGCCCCAACCAUCCUUCAACGCAACCCAAUCAUCUUGUGUAUGACUAUAAGAGCAUGCGCUUUCUUGUUAGACAAGAAGGCGUAUGGUCAGAUGUUGAGGUCAAUAACUCAGCUGUGUUAGAGAUAUGCCUUCCAAAUGAAGCUGUAGUAAUCAAACGACCUCUUCAAGAUAAUGACAUUACCAACUCAGCAGCAGAUAUUCUGGCUUGUGGCAUACAGUCUGUUGUUCUGGAUCCGGCACCAGAAUGUGUUGCAAAGCUCCUCUCCCUUACUGUAGACCAUAUUGAUACCUUGCUAGAAGACUGGUAUCCCACUCUUGGCACACGUUUUGUACAUACAAGUGAAGGAAAGUUCCUAGUGACCCGUCUGGUUCCGUGUCCCGUGUGUCUGGAGUGUCACGGUCAACAUGAGGGUCCUGGCAACCAUCCCCAAGCUCGACACUUGCCUGAUAAUUGGGGAUCUUUUGUAGAGAUGAACCCUCUUUACUGCUCCAUGACAGCAUCGCAGAUUUCUCAAGACUUGAAUGCCUCACAUAACUCUUCUCUGGAGCGAUCUCUCCUCACUAACAGUAUACUGGGAAGUCUGGUUCCGUCCCAGCAGAGUAAUCCUGCAACUGUUCCAUUUGGUGGAGUGUCUUCACCCCAGCCAGGAGGUAGGUCAUCUACAUCCUCAACACCAGCAGGAGGAGGAGGAGUUUCUCCUGCCGGAGCAGCAGGUGGAGGAAGCAUGUCACCACAGCUUCCCAGACGUAGCUGGGGAUCACGCGAGUCAUACACCUCAGAUGGUGACAGUGGAGUUGGAGCCGAGUCAACCACUUCUAGCCGCAAGGCAUCUGCUGAAGGUCGACCUGACCUAGACAACAGUGGCAAAAAUGAGGGUGAGAGUUUUGGAGGUCAAGAGGUGACACCAGUUGUGUACUCAUUUAUGGUGGAGGAGUGCAUAUUAGCUGCCUAUACUGCCCGCUCUGUGCCCUGCCCCCUUCAUGCGGACCUGCUUUUGGCCCAGAUUGCUCCAGACACUGUAUUUUUGGACUUGGGUGACCGUUAUCUUGUGCGCCCCGAGGUAAUCAAGCAGGGAAAGUUACUAGGUCGUGGUGGGUUUGGCUUUGUCUUCCAAGGCACUUGCCGAAACAGAAUAAAUGGUGCACCUAUGGAUGUAGCACUAAAAAUGUUACAGCCUGUGGAUCCAGGCAACAGUGCCCGUCAGAGUGCUAUUGUUGCAUACAAGGCUGCCCAGAGCAAGUGGGAACGAGACCCUCUUCAGUAUGCAUGUAAAGCCUAUUGCUCAGCAAGGCAGGAGGUUAAUAUCCUACUGUCUCUGCGCCACCCGCACAUUGUGCCACUUGUUGGUGUUUGUCCACGUCCACUUGCUUUAGUCCUAGAAUUAGCACCUCAAGGAGCUUUGGAUCAGUGUCUGAAACACUACCAGCGAUCAGGAGCCAGAUUAUCCCUCCACACACUUCAAGCUGUAAUACUACAGGUUGCGAAGGCUCUGGAGUAUCUCCAUGGCCAACACAUCAUCUACCGUGACCUGAAGAGUGAGAAUGUACUGGUGUGGGAAUUGCCACCACCAUUCCACCACCAACCCCAUCCUAGAAUAGAUGUCCGAUUAGCAGACUAUGGUAUCAGUCGAUCAAGUUUGCCCACUGGUACAAAGGGUUUUGGAGGGACUGAAGGCUUUAUGGCUCCUGAGAUGAUGCGACAUAAUGGAGAAGAGGAGUAUACUGAGAAGGUUGAUUGUUUUUCAUUUGGUAUGUUCAUGUACGAGCUGCUCACAACGCACCAGCCAUAUGAACAUUGUGACAACGUCAAGGAGCACGUCCUGGAGGGUGGCAGGCCAGCUCUUACACACAGAGAAACAGAAUAUCCUGUGUAUGUAAUGGACCUCAUGGUAAUGUGCUGGUCUCAACAGCCUCGCCUUAGACCUUCAGCCUCUCAGAUAGUUUCUAUUGCAUCAGCUCCAGAGUUCACGCACCUGUUAGAUGUUGCUUCACUUGACCAUUCAUUAAAUAUAAUGGAUGCAAUUCGAGUACCUCCGGCUAUAGUGAAGGAUGAAGAUGGUGAAUUAGUCGUCCGAGACCAGGGCAGUGUGUGGGUGAGCCGAACUUCACCUCAGUUGGAUAUGGUUGGAGCGGGGGAGUGGGGAUGGGGAGCUUAUACUAGCAUCGAGGGCUUACCUGAUACAAUAACUGCCAUGUGUUGCGUUGGAGAAUAUGUUUGGCUUGGAGAUAAUGCUGGCAAUAUCCAUGGUUACAACAUGGUGGAUUAUGGGCGUGUGUUCAGCUACUGUCUAGAGCCUGAUGCCCCUCAGUCAUCCCCAGUUCGAUCACUGUGUAGUCUUCAUGCUCUUGGAAGAGUGGCUGUUGCUCUGUGUAAUGGACGCCUCUUCUUGUGUAGCUCUGAUGUUACACCAACAUCACCUGUGCUUGGAGAGGGAAGUUUUGUUAUGACUGAACUGGCUGGUUCUACACAAGAGAUUCACUGUCUUGCUGUUUCUCAAACUCAAACUACAUGGUCUUUAUGGUGUGGAGGAAGUGAGGGCACAAUGAGUGUAUUCUCUUUAAGAGAUGAUGGCUUAGUGUUGAGUCAGGAUGCUGUAUCACACUUUACUACUUCAACACCUCCACCAACCAGUGAUGCUUGUGAUGUCUUAAUUCUUCAUGCGCCGCAGAAUCUUUCAACAGUCUCGCCACAUCUAAGAAAUUCGAUCUGGUCAUAUGUCUAUCCUGGAUGUGUCGUGUACCAUUGGGAUGCUAAAGACCAAAAACUAGUGAAUCGUUUAGAUUGCUCCAAGCUGGUGCCAUGUUCUGAAAGUUUGCAAUCUAUUAGUAUUGAGGAACACUUGUCUCCAUCUCAUUGCCAAGUAUCAGCAAUGGCAGUGUGUGGUAGUGAGGUCUAUGUUGGUACAACAUGGGGAUGUGUUGUUGUAGCAGAAGCAGAUUCAAUGCGUCCAAUUACAGUGUUCAGACCUUAUGAAGAUGAAGUGCGUGCUAUAGUUCCUCUUCCUCCUUCAUCAGUUAUUUUAGAUCAAGAUGGAAAUCCUGAGGACCCAUCAGAUCCUACUGAUAUUGGUAGCGAAAGAAAUUUAAAUCCUACUCCAUUAUUGGCCACCAUUGGAAAAGGUUACCGUAAUCUGCUUGGACGUUAUGCACCAAUGCCCCGGUCGGCACAACCUGAGCCAGCAGCUCAGAGAGCCAUGUAUUGUUUACUCUGGAGAGCUCAUCAUUGGCUCAAUACAUGAAGGGCCUUGUCAGUUUGCUUAGGAAAAUAUUUGAUAAUAGGUUAUAUCAAUAUAAUUCAGGGCCUUUCGUGCAGUCUCUGUGAGACAUACCUUAUUGCAAAUAAUAGGUGAAAUUUUGCUGUGCAUUUUUGAGCUCAAAUUGAUUAAUUGUCACAAUUUUAACAAAAUUUAGGUUGUAUUAAAAAAACAAAGUUUUGCUCAGGCUACUCAUAGCUGUAGAAGUCUCAGCCAAUUAAACUACUGAUGGACAGCUACUUAUAGCUGAAAUCAGUGUAGACUGCUGAAGCUCAGUCCAGCCAAAAUUAUAUGAAAGUUGGAAGUUAAAGCAAUUGUUUUAAACAAAAUUAAAUAUUUUUAUUAAAAUUAACAUUAGAAUAUUAAGUACUGUAAUACAUUCUCAAUAAAAUAUUUCAAUCCAGUCUUCAACACUUUAACACAAGUGAGUAUACUAACUCUUGUGUUACUUAGGUGCCACAAAUUUGUAUUUAUACCAAGUCCAGGGAUGUUUGGAAUGGUUGUUGAAAUGAUUUUAAAGUAACAAACUACUUUUGCUAUUGAGGUGUAAACCUCAGGUACAUCAACAAAUGUAUGUAAUUUAUUUUCACAUAAAUUUCAGUUACAAAUCAUACAAGAUAUUGCCUUAAAUAUUACCUAAUAUUAGGUGGCAGCUUUAAAACAUUUUUUUAUAUGUUAACUAGGUUCAUUUUCUGACUCUUGUAUAAUAUUGUACUUGUAUUUACACUUACAGUAUACUAGUAGGAAUUCCAACUUAUUUUCAUGAUUUAAUUUUCCCUUAAGUGAUAGAAGCAAAUGGAAGAUAAUUACAAUGAUGGUUUUUGAUGAAAAUGUCAAUACGUCUCAUUUUAAAGUUGAUAUUUUUACCAAAGAAGGGUAUUCCAGGAAGACGUGUAUAUAACAAUUCUAUUUAAUCAGCUGUGAUUUAAUGUGUAUGUCUAUGUAAAAUAUAACAUAGCACAAGUGUACUAUCACUUAAAACUCACAGCGCUUAGUCAGAAACAUCUGACUUAACCCAUAUUUCUCGUUCUCUAGUCAUUAACUCAUUUAUUGUGAUAAUCUUUUCUUAAUGUUAACACUCAUUUUCUUAAUUAGGCCUUUAAUUGCCAAUUUUUAGGAUGCAACCUAAUUUUAUUUUGGGUAUUUGUAUUCAUGAAAUACUGUAUAUCCCUUAAUUCAACUGGAAACUCUUGGUUAUGAUACAAGAAUUUUGUUGGGAUAAACUUCAUACAACAAUGUUGUCCAUCCACAUGAUUUACUGGAUUGAAAUACAUUUUCAGUAUCAAAAUAAUAAAUAUGAAAA